AUGCCUUGCCCUCAACCUCGUCGUCUUCCCCCCGGCUGGAACGCCAAUGACUUUGGGCGUUUCGUGGAGUCCGUAGUCCCAAUCGUAGGGGCAGAGAACCUCGACAUCAUCUCCGCAGACAAGGAGCUGGCCGAUGGAGACUACGUCAACCCGUGCAAGUCUCACGACAUGCACGCCGUCUAUGAGAGGGACUUUUUCGUAUCGUGCGCCAUCGUCAAUCCCAGGUCUGUCCCCGAAGUCCAAGAUGUGAUGCGGCUUUGCAACCAGCUGCAGAUGCCUGUCUGGCCCUUUUCCAUUGGCCGCAACACGGGGUACGGCGGCGCAGCACCGCGAGUUCCAGGCAGUCUCGGCAUUGAACUCGGAAAGCAUCUCAACAAGGUCCUCGAGGUAAACGUCGAUGGAGCUUACGCUCUCGUCGAGCCUGGGGUCACCUUUGCUGGUCUUUAUGAGUAUCUUGUCAAGACUGGCCUCAGCGAACACCUGUGGCUAGAUGUGCCUGAUCUUGGAGGUGGCUCAAUCAUUGGGAACACUCUUGAGAGAGGUGUCGGUUACACGCCUUACGGAGAUCACUUCAUGAUGCAUUGCGGUAUGGAGGUCAUUCUCCCCGACGGCACCCUCAUCCGCACUGGCAUGGGAGCGCUUCCGGACCCGUCUUCGGGGAAUUCAGACCUUCCGCCCCAUGAACAGAAAGCAAAUUCUGCUUGGCAGCUGUUCAGCUAUGGGUUCGGCCCUUACAACGACGGAAUCUUUUCCCAGAGUAGCCUUGGCAUCGUUGUCAAAAUGGGAGUGUGGUUGAUGCCGAAUCCUGGAGGAUAUCAAGCCUACAUGAUCACAUUCCCUCGCGAGGAUGACCUGUCAGAAAUCGUGGAUAUUAUCAGACCGUUGCGGCUACAAACAGUCAUUCAGAAUGUGCCCACUAUUCGCCAUUUACUUCUGGACGCCGCCGUAGCUGGUAAUAAGGCUUCUUAUACGAACAAGACCGAACCACUAUCCGAUGAAGACCUUGAUGCGAUCGCAACCAGACUAAAUCUUGGUCGCUGGAACUUCUAUGGUGCUGUCUAUGGCCCGGAGCCUGUGCGGAAAUUCUUUCUUGAUACCAUCAAGGCCGCUUUCCUAAAGGUUCCCGGCUCAAAGUUCUUCCUUGCUGAGGAUCGAAAUGAACCAUACAGCGUCUUGAAGACAAGGGAGAAGACCUUGCGAGGCGUUCCUUCCCUGGACGAGCUUCGUUGGGUGAGCUGGCUACCAAAUGGUGCGCAUCUAUUCUUUUCGCCCAUCACAAAAAUUUCUGGGACGGAUGCCAAGCUCCAAUACGAGGUCACGAAGCGCAGGUUCGCAGAGGCUGGACUCGACUUCAUUGGCACCUUCACCAUUGACCACAUUGUGUGCAUUGUCUUCAACCGCGAAGACCCUCAGCAGCGCUUGAAAGCGCGGUGGCUGAUCCGGCAAUUGAUUCAGGACUGUGCGGAACGUGGUUGGGGCGAGUACAGAACACAUCUAGCGUUGAUGGACCAGAUCGCAAAUACGUAUAACUUCAACAACAACGCCCAGAUGAAGCUCAAUGAAACAAUCAAGAAUGCGCUGGAUCCGAACGGCAUUCUUGCUCCUGGCAAGAACGGGAUUUGGCCAAAGAGAUACGACAAACGGGAAUGGGCGCUUCGAAAUGAUGAAGCAGAAAGAUUAUCUCGUGGUGAUACCCAGCUUGUAAAGAGUCACUUGUAG